AUGUGGUUGAACUACAGCCUUAGACUCAAAAGGGCAUAUCUAGGCCCCAAACUCAACCAAGAGGUUCAAUUAAUUCCCGUCCAACAUCCUGGUCUUGGUGAGUUCGUUGUGAAAAUAGCUUGCACUGGCAUUUGUGGUAGUGAUGUCGUCUUUUCGCUUGGCCCCGAAGAUGGUCUCCGGGGACCUAAUCACAUUGCUGGUCAUGAAGGCAUUGGACACAUCGUCAUGAGCCACGAUCGAUCUCUCCUCGGGAAACCGGUUGCCGCGAGAUACCUAGCUUCCUACUGCCGAAGCUGUCAUUACUGUACUCGCAACGUGCCCGAAUCCUGUCCAAAGCAAACGAAAUUUCCUCGAAACCACAACGGCACGUUCCAGCAGUACAUGACCGCACCAUAUGCUUCCCUCAUGCCCCUGCCAGAGUUCAUAUUUGAUGAGACGGUGGGCCCGCGUCUCGGUGUCUACACCACAGCCCUUUGCUCCGGGGCCGCGGCAUUUAGAGCGUUGAAAGCUGCGAAUCCUGAGUCCGGCGACGUGGUCAUCGUUAGUGGGGUGUGCGGAGGAAUCGGCCAUCUGGCCGGCAUGAUGGCUCGCAACGUCUUUGGAGCCAAGGUUAUUGGUAUCGAUUUACCAUGGAAGGUGAAAGCCUUGGGCUCAAGCGCUGCUGAUGUUUUUGACGAGUUUGUCGCUGCACCUACAAAUACCAAAACAGCCGAACGGACCGAGUUUAUGGAAAGAAUUUCAGAUGCCUGUAGAGAGGCUCGCCGCGGUGCAGACUCUCUUCUAGUAACAUCAGGCGAAGAAUCUGCUUUUGAAGGGCUGACUGAUUACGUUUGCGACGGAGGGAAACUUCUCACGUCUUUCAGUGUCACGAAAUCAAGGGGUAACUUGGCAAUUCCCCUGACUUCGAUGGUUAAGCGCUCUAUCAGGUUUCAAGGUCUGUUAACGGGUGGAUGGGAUGAGAGUUAUGAGGUCAUGGAGUUCAUCAGAGACGGCAAAGUGAAGCCUAUGAUUACAGAAGUCUGUCUUGAGGAAGUUCCGUCGCGAAUGAAAGCCUUUGGGAGUUGUUCAAACGCCGGGAAGUUGGUAGUCAGGAUUGAUUAG